AUGUCGGUUACUGUAUAUGAUCUCAUGCGGUAUCCUAGCCGUCCACCCAUCUUUGUCGAUAAUGAAAUCACGGUUAGCAGAAAGCCAUGGACGAGAGAAUACAAAGACUUCAAACACUCGGAUGUGAAGAUAUGGCCACCUACCAUCGACGCCGUUGACAGGUUCCUAGGGCCUCGUCUCGAAGAACCUUCAAUUGCCGAAUAUAUAGGCCUUCAAACUCCUGCCUACAUGCUGAAUGCUUUUAACCAUGAGGUAGAAAGUGAAGCUGACGUCACGAGGGACUUCAACCAGUCCAUGGUCCCAUGCCUUGCCGCAGCUUUUUCUGGACCCACUGCUCUGACUAGUCAAGCGCACGCCUCAUCCGUCCUGCCUGGUGGGCCGAUGCUCUGGCCAAAAUCCCAGAUCCCACCAACAGGAUCAACAUCCUCGUUGAUGGUCGAUUAUCAAAUGACGUUACGCCAUUCUUCAGGGAGGAAUCUUGAGCUAGCUAUUAUGAUAGGGGAGAUGAAAAGACCGCGUGUUAUCCGUAGGGAGGAAUGGCUAUCCCAGAGGGACGCUACUACAAUAACUUCGAGGCUCCAACAAGAGCUCAGAGGUUACGCUUACGAAUAUAAAUGCCCCCAUGUCUUUCUAUUUGACUCGAGUAGUCUUGUGAUUGUGCAAUUCCGGGCUGAGGACCGCAAGGAUAUCAAGAGCCAAGACUGCAUUAUCGAUUGUUGUGUGAUACCACGGGAACUAGACAGAGCCAUAGAGAACCAAUGUACCAUGCAGUAUGCACUAUACAAACUAACGGCAGCGGGAUGGAAACGCGGAGCCACAACUCUAGACAGCAGAUUUCGUGGCUCGGGGGAGCGAGUACGAGCACAAACGCCGUUGUGUAUAGGUGAAUACAGACGAGAUUACGUAUGGUACUCAGGGGAGCCAACAUUCUUUGACUCAUACAAUCGUGAGUGCUCUAUCCCUGUUGGAUACAAGCGAAUAUUUCUGCACAGACUUGUCGAGGGGCGGAAUGGCCGUCAGAAGCCGGGAGGCUUCUGGGUGUGGACGAAUGGACGCAAUAUGGUGGAUGAUACUUUGGACUGUUUCAUCUAG